CUGAAGAUUAUGACUGAGAGUUCUGACCUGAACUGGUACAAAGCAGAGCUGAAUGGUAGGGAAGGCUUUAUACCCAGGAACUAUGUCACAGUCAAACCACACAAGUGGUUUUAUGGGAAGAUCCGUCGAGCCGAAGCUGAAGAACUACUGAGUAAACAGAGAGUGAAUGGCGCCUUUCUCAUCCGAGAGAGUGAAAGCACUGCGGGCGAUUUCACCCUUUCCGUCAAGACUGGCAAUGAUGUCCAGCACUUCAAGGUCCUUCGCGACGGCUCGGGGAAAUAUUUCUUGUGGGUGGUUAAGUUCAACUCGCUAAACCAGCUUGUGGAGUAUCACUACACCAGCUCAGUGUCCCGCAGCCAAACAAUCAUGCUUCGCGACAUGGAGGAGAUCCAGCCGCAGCAGAACACAUAACUCUCAUGCCAGCUGGUGGAAAGGAACACGCAAUGGGCAGAUUGGCACUUUCCCCUGCGAUUAUGUGAACCUAAUCAAAUAUCAAAAGUAACCUUACCUGACCAAGAAAGUU